ACAACCGGGGGUAGAAAAAAGGGAAAAGGCGGGCUCAAGUUCCGCCUUGGUGUGACGCAUGUCCCAUGCUACGGUACGCCAUUUGUGUCUAGCUACAAAAAGCGCGGACGGUGGAGAGAUUAGCAAAAUUGGAGGUGCUUGAUUCAUCUUCAAGUGGAGCCAUUUUCACAGCUUUAUGUAAAACAUAUACAUCAGAAAAGGAGGCCGGAGAUGCCGAACAACGGACAGCCAGAUGACGUGGAGAUGGAGGAUGCACAAGUCAACUCAUCCAGUACAAUUCUGAAGCCUGAAAAAGAUGAUGCAGCUUCCACGCAGAACCUACAACGAGGCUCUGUGAGUGAAAACGAGACCACUCAAUGCAGCGUUUGUGACUUCUCAGCAAAAUGCCCAAGAUCACUGAAGAUUCACUAUGCAAGGAAACAUAAGAGGAUCGCUACAGAAAAUAUAAAAACAGCCGAGGAUAGCGAAAACAUCUCAGAUGACAAUCCAGGUGAAGUUCAAAAAGAGAUCGACAUGGAGAUAGAAAGUGCGACUGAAGUUCAACAAAACAUUGAAUCCAAUCCAAAUCUUGAGACUAAUGAGCCGAGCUCAGCUUCCCAUGAUGAUGGUUUAAGUAGCAAGGUGCCGGCAUCGGCAGAGCAGACCGUAUCCCCUCAAGAGAGAAGAGUGAGCAAACGAACCCCCAAACCCAAGAUUAUCUACUCAUGCAACUACUGCGGACAGGAGUUUAGGGACCAGUCUCCUCUUGAUGUACAUAUCCAGAGAUACCACAGCAAAGACACACCAUACACAUUUGGUGCUGAAGAGAACAUGGACGAAGAAGAGGAGGCUGAAGACGCGGAAAGUUCUUUAAAGAUAAACCCCGUACAAGUGAUGCUGAAACAUCCAUUGACCAGAACUCAACUGAAGUGCGCAAACUGCGAUUUCAAGGGAUUCACGCGCUCCUUGCUGGAGAGCCACGCUCGCGUCAAUCACCCCGGCUCGGAUUGGUACCGCUGUAAAUUAUGUAACUUCUUUUCCGCUACUUCUGAAUGGAUGGACAGACAUCUUUGCUCGGACACCCACAUGCAACAUCUGGCCAGGCAGAAUAGUGAAGCGUCUUCCAGCCCGGCGGAGUACGUUGAGAGGGUAAACAAAGGGGACGGAAGCGGAGACGGCAUGGCUGUCGUGGCCCAGGGAAUUAAAGAAUCCAUGGAGGCAGCUCAAGCUGUAGCGGAAGAAGAGGAAGAAGAAGACGAUGCGGAAUUGGAGCCUCCAAAACGGAAAAGAGGGAGGCCAAAACAAGUGUCUUCAACCAAAUGUGGUUAUUGUGGCUUAAUUGUAUCUAAUGCCACGAACCUCGGUAUCCAUGUCCGGCGUAAACACAGCAAGGAAUAUGUUUACCGGUGUACCGUGUGCAAUUACAGCUGUGUGACCAAAGGAGACAUAGAUCGUCAUUGUAUCACCAAAAAACACAUGAAACGUGUUCAACAGUGUGCAAACAGCCCUGCCAAAAAUCUUGAACGCACUUCAUCUCAGGAACCCACAGAUACACAAUCCCCGGAACCGAGCGAAACAUCACAGACCGCAGAAAUACAGCAGGACUCACAAGUCGGCAAAGAAGAUCAAGCGGUGUCACGCACGAGCCCACAAGAAGAACAAUAUGGCCGUGUUCUUUGCAGCCAAUGCGAUUUUGUAGCUCGCUCAGUCUCCUCCCUCUCUCUUCACGUGAAAAGGAAACACAGCAGAGACUAUGAAUACGUCUGUCUGGCAUGCAAAUAUUACGCUUUAACGAGCAAGGAAAUGACUCACCAUGCCAGCACGGAGACACACAAGGAAAAAAGCCAGAUAUACAUGGCAUCGCAGGAGAAUGGCGGUCAAAUAUCAGCACAGGUCAAGGAUCCUGGUGGCGCAAUGGUUCACCCAGAGUCUGAACCUUUAAGCCCCCCAGAACAAUCAAAGCAAAGUUCAGAACAAAGCCAUGAAGAAAAAUGUCAGGACACAGUGGCACCUUUUGUCAAUACUAAGACUGUUGAUGCUGCAGAGGAAAAUGAAGCAGAGAACAUUACCUCUUCCUCUGCUGAUGUUCGAGAUCCAACCGAGUGUGCAGUAACACAAACUGCACCGUCUGAUCCCGUGUCCCCGACAGAGAUUGAACUUGUAGUUCAGGAGUCUCAACACGUGGAAGGGUCGGUUCCGAAACCGUCCAGCGCUCCAACUUUUGAUGCCUGCAUUGUGUCCGUGAAGAACCUUGCUCAGCAGGAGAAGGCACGUUUAGAGGGCCAGGACGCUGUUGAAGGUCUAACAAGAGAAGCAGCAGAAUCCUCUGUGCUGCUGUCCCACGUUUAUGUUAAAAAGUUUGAACACACGGAAAGGAAAUCAAAGAACGAGGCCAAACUGAGCAGCACCGGAAUCCGCUGCGACGACUGCGGCUUUUUGGCCGACGGCCUCAGCGGUCUGAACGUCCACAUCUCGAUGAAGCACCCGACCAAGGACAAGCAUUUCCACUGCUUGGUGUGCGGCAAGUCGUUCUACACCGAGAGCAACCUGCACCAGCACCUGACCAGCGCCUCCCACAUCCGAAAUGAGCAGAACAGCCUGGAAGAACGAGUCGAAGGCGGCGCGUGCUUCAAGUGCACCAAAUGCACGGACCGCUUCGAAACGGAGCAAGACCUGUUUGUUCACAUCAAGGAGAAACAUGACGAGCUGCUGAGACAAGUCAACAAAUACGUAUUGGAGGACACCGAACAGAUCAAUCGCGAGCGGGAAGAGCACCAAGGCAAUGUUUGCAAGUACUGCGGGAAAGUGGGCAAGAGCAGCAACUCCAUGGCUUUUCUGGCUCACAUCCGCACACACACCGGAUCCAAGCCCUUUCUUUGUAAGAUCUGCCACUUUGCAACUGCUCAGCUGGGUGACGCCAGGAACCACGUGAAGAGACACCUGGGCAUGCGAGAGUACAAAUGCGACAUCUGUGGAUGGGCCUUCGUGAUGAAGAAACACCUCAGCACCCACCUGCUUGGAAAACAUGGAAUUGGCCAACGUAAAGAAAGGAAGUUCGAGUGCAAGUUGUGUGAGCGUUCCUUUAGUGAAAAAUGGGCCCUAAACAACCACCUGAAACUGCACAGCGGAGAGAAACCGUAUAAGUGUUCCUGGCCAUCCUGCCACUACGCCUUCCUCAACCUGUCAGCCAUGAAGGACCAUUAUCGGACACACACUGGUGAAAAGACUUUCCUCUGUGACCUGUGUGGUUUUGCUGGAGGGACCAGACACGCUCUCACCAAGCACAGACGCCAACACACAGGAGAAAGACCCUUCAAAUGCAAGCUUUGCAACUUCGCCUCUACAACACAGUCCCACCUAUCAAGACACAACCGCGUUCACACUGGGGAGAAACCGUACCGCUGCCCCUGGUGUGACUACAGAUCCAACUGUGCUGAGAACAUCCGGAAGCACAUCCUCCAUACAGGAAAACAUGAGGGAGUGAAGAUGUACAACUGUCCAAAAUGUGACUACGGCACCAACUCCCCCAUUGAGUUCCGCAACCACCUGAAGGACAACCACCCAGACAUUGAGAAUCCAGAUCUUGCUUACCUUCAUGCAGGUAUUGUGUCCAAGUCCUUUGAGUGCCGCCUUAAGGGCCUUGGGGCUUCUUUUGUGGAGACGGAGGCUCUGGACGCCUCUGUGGGCAGGAAGAUUAGCGACGAAGGGCCGGUCCAGCAAGUCAUCAUCAUCCAAGGCUACAGCGAGGAAGAGGUGGCCAUCGACCAGACCCUGGAGGAGUCUGCUGCCGCCACCCUGCAGACCUUGGCCAUGGCCGGCCAGGUAGCAGAGGUGCUCCACAUCACAGAAGACGGAGAAGUCAUUGCCUCGGGUAGGGAAGUGGCGUCCACGGGGGCUCAACUUGCCGGAGGGAGCGCCCAGUAUGUCGUGCUGGCGGCAGGCGAGGCCGGCAAUCAGCUCCAGACUGUCGCUAGAGGAGGAUCAGGAGGAGUAGGAGCCUCGGAGACUGCAGGACAAAGUCAUAUUUUAUCCGAGUCGUCCACAGCUCUGGAUGCUCUUCUCAGCGCCGUCAGUAAAAUGGGCCAUCAGGAGAAAAUGCAAGGAGAGGCAUCUGUCGUCCACAAGGUCGCAACCCCCGGGACGGAGGAGUCUGUGCGGAUCGAAGAGCAGCCCGUGGUCAAAGAGGAAGAGGAGGUGCAGGUCAUUAACCAGAAAGGUCAGGAGGACAUGCAGGACCUGCUGAAAAUGGCAGCUUCCAGGAUGAUGAAGGAAGGUCUCACCCAGGUGAUCGUCAACAACGAGGGCACCCACUACAUCGUUACGGAGCUGGACAACUGCACCCUGCAGGUGGAGGAGGGCGUCUAUGAAGAAGCAGAAGAGCAGGCUGAAGACCAGCAGGAUGACGACCCCUAACCGAACAAGGAACGUUUAUCCUUACAGUUCUAUAUCCAGAAAGGCCGGAAUGUCGAGAAAAGGUUUAAUGUUGAUCGAAAAUCAAAAUUCCCACCAAUGUGACACUCUGUCUCUCUAGAGACGUAACUACGAAUUUAUUAAAAAUGUCUGUCCCGACCGCCAUUAAGGAUGAAGAUGACAUCGGAUCGUAACGACAACAACGAGGAGUCCAUCAAUAAUCUUUCUGGCUAAAACUAAACGGAUUCCUGUUGGUCAAACAAUAUCGGGCAAACUGGGUUGUCCUCUCUGCAAGCACCCACCCACCCACUCAGUCAGGACAUGUCACGUUCAAAGACGGUCGGAAAUCACAAGAUUCUUAACAUGCCUGUACACUACCAGGUUGCUGAUCCUAUGAAAGCGACAGUAAUAACAGCGUCGUGUAGCGGUCUUAUUAUGGACAUGGAAAAGUUGGUUUUAUUUUAUUGCCGUUUAUUCAUUCAUUCAUUUAUUUUGUACCGCUUAUCCUGACGAGGGUUGCGGGGAUGGGUGCUGGAGCCUAUCCCAGCUGUCUUCAUCCGAGAGGCGCGGCACACCCUGGACUGGUCGCCAGUUAUUGGCGUUUAUUCAUUCAUUCAUUUUCUACCGCUUUUCCUCACAAGGGUUGUGGGCGGUGCUGGAGCCUAUCCCAGCCGUCUUCGGCCGAGAGGCGCAGCACACCCUGGACUGGUCGCCAGUUAUUGGCGUUUAUUAAUUCAUUCAUUUUCUACCGCUUAUCCUAACAAGGGUUGUGGGCGGUGCUGGAGCCUAUCCCAGCUGUCUUCGGCCAAGAGGCGCGGCGCACCCUGGACUGGUCGCCAGUUAUUGGCGUUUAUUAAUUCAUUCAUUUUCUACCGCUUUUCCUCACAAGGGUUGCGGGGAGGGGUGCUGGAGCCUAUCCCAGCUGUCUUCAUCCGAGAGGCGCGGCACACCCUUGACUGGUCGCCAGUUAUUGGCGUUUAUUUUCAUUUAUUUGUGCAGUGAGUGACUUAGGAGUUUAUCAGAAUUUAGCUGUAAGAUCCGACACGAAAAGCGCCAAAACUCGAAUAUCUCGGAAUGGAAUUUUCGAUAUUUGUGACUUGAGAUCCUCCUGUAAUAAAUGGGUAUUGGGUAAUUAUUAAAUAUUUGAAGCGCUCGUAUUGACGAUGGUGUCGAACCAUUGGCUUUUCAUUAUAUAGUGAUUUAGUUUCCUAUGGUCCUUUAGCUACAGUAGCCUAGCGUACACAACAGGAAGGAGAAUUAUGUGUAAGAUGAAGGCUUUAUUAAUGCUAUGGAAAAACAUAUGCAAUUACCGUCACAAUUGUAAUCAUGAUUAAGUAUAUCAUGUAUUUUUUUUUUUGGUCUGUUAUGGUUUUAACAUUACUUCAAGCUAUCUAUGUUUCUUAUUUUAUUCUUUGUAGUUAUUAGCAUACGAUUAGGCCCAAAGCCUUGUUUGGCAUCGAAAUCCUAUAUUUGCUGUACGCGUCUCUCGUGCUACAUUAUGCAAGCGGUUAUCUGUGAGCUCGCCAUGUUAUAAAUUCAUUUUCAUUUCUAACAAUAAACAUUAAAGCCCCUUUUUAGCAAGUGUGUCCGUAGGUUUUCAUCGUCUUUCUGACACUUUAUUGUCGUGUUUGCUGUGAUUGUUGUCAUUUCGGCAUCAACGCCGCAUUUAUGUUCACGGCACAGCGCCGUCCAAUGAGAAAGCUCCAUGCGCAUACGUGCAUUAACUGAUAGCUCCCAUCAUGCUUUCUGAUCACUAACAUAGUCAUUAUCAUCACCAUUAUCAUUAUCACCACCAUGAUCACCAUCACCCUAAUCGCCAUCCUCUCUUCCUUUUCCCCCCAUCAGGCCUAUUCCCUUCAUUGCAUAUAACACACUCAUCGUUUCUCUCCGACCCCCCCACACACACAAAACCCCUCAGUAUUUGGCACCGGAGGGAGAAUCAAUAUUCAUUUAGGCCGCUACACAGGCCUGCAGUUUCUGAUGGAGUGAGUGGGAGAGCAGUAUGACGGCUGCAAGCACAAUGGCUAAAAGUAGAGGGAGAAAGCACUCACACACUACUAGGGCAUCAAAAGAUCAUCCCUUUAACACAUGCACACACACACACACACACGCACACACACACACGGCGAGUGUGAGUGAGAAGGUGGGCUGAGAGAAAGUGGUGGACGAGUGGGCAGGAGAAAUGAGAGCAUUGCAGAUGGAUGUUGAGAGAGGUGAGGCCACGGAGAAGUGGAAGAGCAGCGAAGCCCACAAACACGCAAAGAGAAGCAGCAAUUUCACAUAACACCUGUCUGCCUUUUUAGCCCGUCUUGGUCUCCGGUUUGCACAACACUUUGCUUUUUUUUCAUUGCAUUUUUUUUUUUUUUGGCCUGUGAAUUUUCGGAGGUCACUUUCUAUGUUU